AUGAAGUGGAUGGCGGUGGCCUUUGUCUGCCUCCAGCUCUCGGAGGCAGCAGUGAUCAGAGUCCCCCUGAUGAGAUUUAAGUCCAUCCGAGAGAACAUGAAGGAGAAGGGCGUACUGGAGGAGUUCCUGAGGACUCAGAAUUACGACCCCGCUUGGAAGUACCACUUCGGCGACUUCGGUAUAACCAAUGGCUCCAACCUUGACAUGGAUGCUUCCUACUUUGGUGAGAUCAGCAUUGGGACUCCACCCCAGAAAUUCCUGGUCCUUUUUGACACUGGAUCGUCCAACUUUUGGGUACCCUCUGUCUACUGCCAGAGCCAGGCCUGCACCAGCCAUUCUCGCUUCAACCCCAGUGCAUCUUCUACCUACUCCACGAAAGGGAAGACCUUUCUCCUGAGUUACGGUAGCGGCCUUCUCCUCGGUUUUUUUGCCUUCGACACUCUAACUAUCCAGAACAUCCAGAUCCACAACCAGGAGUUUGGCCUCAGCCAGAGUCAGCCCAGUGCCAGUUUCAUCUACGCUGGAUUUGAUGGCAUCCUGGGUAUGGGCUACCCCUCCCUAUCCGUCGGUGGGGCCACCACAGUCUUGCAGAGCAUGAUGCAGAGGCACCUUCUCACCAGCUCCGUCUUCAGCUUCUACUUCAACAAAACCAUGGGCUCUCAGCGUGAGGGAUUUGUCAUCUUUGGGGGUGUGGACAACAAUCUGUAUAGGGGGAUGGUCUUCUGGUUCCCCGUCACCCGGAAGGCGUACUGGCAGAUUGCCAUUGAUGAGUUUAUCCUUGGCCAUAAGCGCUCUGGCUUAUGUGUUCACGGCUGCCAGGCCAUCGUGGACACAGGUACCUCUCGGCUCACUGUGCCCCAGAAUUACCUGUAUCAUAUUCUGCAGACCUUAGGGGCCAGGGUGGACUCACAAAGAGAGUAUGUUGUGGACUGUUUGAAGAUCCUGUCCCUGCCCAUCUUCACCUUCGUCAUCAACGGUGUGCCAUUCCCUCUGCCACCCACUAUAUACGUCAUUAAUAACCAGGGCCACUGCACCGUGGGAAUUGAGGCUACCUACCUGAUCUCUCCGUCCCACCAGCCCCUGUGGAUCCUCGGAGAUGUCUUCCUCAGGGCCUACUACUCUAUCUAUGACAUGACCAACAACAUGGUGGGCUUUGCCUCCGCAGUCUAGACUUGCUGCAUGGACAUGUGGGUUCCCUUCCUCCUCUUGGCCCUGCACCCUGUAGCAGGGUUCUCUCUGUUUGUCCCCUCUGGAUUCAGCCUUCCUUUUUUGG